AUGGAGCUUGAGGGUGCUGAGCCUGGGGGUGCUGAGUCUGGGGGUGUUGAGUCUGGGGGUGCUGAGCCUGAGGGUGCGGAGCCUGGGGGUGCUGAGCCUGAGGGUGCGGAGCCUGGGGGUGCUGAGCCUGAGGGAGCCGAGUCUGGGGGUGUUGAGCCUAGGGGUGCCGAGCCUGAGGCCGGCAGGAGCCUCUCUCACCACAGCAGCUGCGCGAGUGGUUUGCUCGGCGCACCCCCAUUCGGCGUGGCGCUGCUGGAGUUGGAGGCACUUCCGCUGGCGGCCCUGGAGCUGGAGGUGCUGGAGCUGGAGGCGCUGGAGCUGGAGGCGCUGGAGCUGGAGGCGUUGGAGCUGGAGGCGCUGGAGCUGGAGGCGCUGGAGCUGGAGGCGCUGGAGCUGGAGGCGCUAGAGCUGGAGACCCUGGAGCUGAAGGCGCUGGUGCUAGAGGUCCUGGAGCUGGAGGUGCUGGCGCUGGAGGCACUGGAGCUGGCGGUACUGGUGCUGGAGGCACUGUGCAGCAGCGACCAAUUUUCUUGUCGUCGCCACAGCCAUCACUACUACCUCCUGCCUCGCCGCUCCGUCAGCCUGGGGGUGCUGAGCCUAGGGGUACUGCGUCUGCUGGAGGUCCUACGGGUGCCUCGCCGCCGAGGUCUAGCCGGCGGGAGCCUCUCUCACCACAGCAGCUGCGCGAGUGGUUUGCUCGGCGCACCCCCAUUCGGCGUGGCGCUGCUGGAGCUGGAGGCACUGCCGCUGGCGGCCCUGGAGCUGGAGGUGCUGGAGCUGGAGGCGAGGGAGCUUGAGGCGCUGGAGCUGGAGGCGAUGGAGCUUGAGGCGCUGGAGCUGGAGGCGUUGGAGCUGGAGACCCUGGAGCUGAAGGCGCUUGAGCUGGAGGCGCUGGAGCAGGAGGCGCUGGAGCUGGAGACCCUGGAGCUGGAGGCGCUGGUGCUAGAGGCCCUGGUGCUGGAGGUGCUGGCGCUGGAGGCACUGGAGCUGGCGGCAGGAGGACUUUGA